GCCAUCAAAUUGGAAGCAGUUUUAAACUUUAGAAAUCUUGGUGGAAUGCCUAUUCAAGGCGGUAAAUUGGUUAUUCGUCCAGGUGCAGUAAAUAGAACAGCAUCACCAACAAAGGCAACACUAAGUGAUGAGUUCUGGUUGUUGGAAGCACUGUCCAUAAAGACAUUAAUUGACUUUAGGACAUCAUGGGAGAAUAAGACUAUAUCACCUUUGAAGAGGUUUGAAGAUAACUUCUUAAUGUUUGCAAUUAAGAAGGAGGAUAAGGAGAGUAUAUCUAUCCCCGCUUCAACCGGUUGUCAAUCAAUCAAUCAUUCACCAAAGGAUGAGUCGAACAACUUCACUGUGACACCACAGGCCCCAGAGACACCUCCUGCUCCCAAGCUAUCAAGACGUCACAGUAUAUCACAUCUGGGUCAGUCGGGUGAUCAGAUCAAGUCUCCACUCAACAGGAGUAUCAACUCAUUCAAUGCCAGUCCAAGAUUAUCGACCGAACAACCUCAAACCAUCACAUCUGUCAUAUCAUCAACGACUACAACGACUUCAUCAACAGUUGAGUUGAGAAAGUCACAGUCGUUGGCACAUUCACAGUCGUCGCCAUUACAACAAUCACAUACAGAUGGCUCUGUUGAUCAGAUUAUCAAUGAUAUGCCUACAAUCAAUGUGUCAGAGACAACGACUACUACAACUGCUACUACAACAACUGUCAUUGAUGCAACUGCCUUGGGUCUGGGCAUCAAGGAGAAGUUCAUGGAGGAGCAGAGAAACAACAUCAUCUGGAGGAUAUACAAUAGGAAUGUGCCAGAGUCCGACCUGGCCAAGAUGAGGCGACACUCCUCCGGUGCACAAAGGAAGAGAUACUGUAUCCCAUUAGUCAACAACAGAAUGUUCAUGGAAGGUGUCUACCAAACUGCGCCACCCAAUGCCCAACUUAAGUGCAAGGUAUCGAGAUACCUGUUGUUCAAUGACAAAGUUGGUGCACUCUUGUUGAUGACCCAUCUCAAUGAUCUUGGCAUGCUGGAGAUGUACAAGCUAACCCUAAUCUACACUCAAGAGGAGAUAUUGACUAUAUUCAGAAUACUCAAGAACAAGGACAACUAUCCUAUUAUGUACUUCUGCUCACUUGGAAAGGAUAGGACUGGUAUGGUCACAGCUUUGUUGCUGUCUUGCUUGGGUGUGCCACGUGACUUGGUCGUGGAGGACUACUCCAAGUCAGGGGGCAACCUAGCCGCACACUUGGCCGAGAUGAGAAAGUACUUCAUCAAGGUCGGCCUUACCAAGGAUGAGUUUGUACAGUCGCCUCGCCACAUCAUGGCCGAUAUGCUCAGCUGGGUGGAUGAAACCUAUGGAUCAGUGCCCAACUACCUUGCCACGAUUGGAUUCUCACACGAGGAGCAAGAUGAGCUGCGCAAGAAUCUGAUCAUCACAAAGGAGGAGUACGAUCAGAUCAUGGACCAGUUGCGUCAGACCAAUGUCGAGCAGUUGAUCAGGGAGCACGAUCAGUAUGUGGCAGAGCAUCAACCCAAGGUAGAGCCGAAAUCCAUCUUUAGCAGAGCCUUGGACAGCCCAAAGUUCUGGCGAAGGCUAUCCAUUUCCAAGGACAUCAUUAAGGGUCCACAUGAC